AUGACCGUGGGGCGGACCAUCCUGGGCCUGUUCCGUUCCCUCUUCCGGAUUGCGCCGGCUCCCCUGCGCCAGUUCACCCACUACCGGCAGUACACCGCGCGCAUGGCUCACAAGGGCCUGCCGCAGAUCCCGAACUUCAACGGCGACUACUCGCCUGCCGGCCGGUACCAGGCUCUGAAGCCGCACCUGGAGGCCACCAUCCACCAGAAGCCGCCGGCCGCGGCCGGGGGCUUCGGCGGCGGGGCUGCCACCGGCACCGGCGCCCCCUAUGCCAAUGCCCACUGGAGCGCGGCGGGGGGAGCUUAUCAUGCCCGCAGGCGCGGCACUAUCUCCGUUCAGGAGGGGCAGCUUGACCUGCCGAGCCAAGUGGCCCAGGCCGUCGGCGGGCUGAUGAUGGACGUGGUCAUGAGCACCAUUCGAAGCGACGCCCGCAAAAAGUGA